AUGGACUACAGUACCUACUUCACAGCAUCCUCGCAGCAACCCUAUCCCCUUGUCGGCAUCCAGGCUACAACAUACCCCCUCUCCACUGACGAUGGGCAACCGGGCUCCAAUGUCCAUGAGGCCGUUGACCCGACCUCGUUUCUAGCCUACGAUGCUUUCCGCUUCACUCCUACUCCAGGACCGCUUCACUCUACCUCGCCCCCUACCGCAGCAUCACCUCCUGCGCCCUCCGCCACGGUGCCGUUGAACGCCGACGACACCUACGCUGAUCCCCUAGAUACAUCACAAAGACUGCGCAGCAGCAGUGAGGAGGACAAAGAAACCACCAUAACUCCAGCACAGAGCCGACGGAAAGCGCAAAAUCGAACAGCGCAGAGGGCCUUCCGCGAGCGAAAAGAGCGGCACGUGAAAACCCUCGAAUCCAAGUUGACGGCGAUGGAGACAUCGGCGACGUCGUUAGCCAUUGAUAACGAUCGCUUGAAGCUCGCGCUGCAGCGGGCCACGACUGAGAACGAGAUUCUCCGCACGACUACCAGUCAUAGCGCGCUCCAGCGUGCGGGUCAUGCUCAGAUGGCCGGAUCCCAUCAGGUGGGACACGGCCCGGGCUCGCCUGGUACCGAUCAUGAAGAGGAUACCACAAACAGUGGGACAAGGUAUAUGGCCGGGGCCGCGCGACGGAGGAAAUUCGGAUCCAGCGGAACGGUGAAAGAUGGAAAAGAAACCCUCCUGAGCCUCGGCCAGGUAUGGGAUGUUAUCCAAAGCCACCCAUUGGUUCAGCAAGGUCUCGUGGACGUUGCGGAUGUGUGUGAGAGAUUACGAGGCGCGGCACGAUCGAACGGUGUCGGGGCCGGAUUUCGGGAGAAGGAAGUAUGGGGUGCAGUUGAAGGCUGCAGACGGGGUGGGGGAGACCAACUGAUAUAG